CGUCGCCGAAUCGAUGCCUGGACACGUCUGAAAAUGAGAGCGUAUCCGCUGCAGUUGUUUGUGAUUUUGCUGCUCGGCGGCGGCGGCGGCGGCCGGUCUGCGGCGCCGUCUGAUUGUAAGUCGUAUGAUGAACGUUCAAAGAGCGCCGGGAAAAGCCUGCCGUCGGCGGCCACGGCCGAAAGGAAGGUGGUGUGCAGCAAUAUGGAACUCCAUCAGGUGUUACCCCCCGACUCCUUCCCCAACAGGACAGUCACUUUAAUUUUAAGCAACAACAAGAUUCAGGAGCUGAAAAAUGGAUCCUUCAGUGGAUUGUCUGCAUUGGAAAGACUGGACCUGCGGAGUAACACGAUUAGUCGCAUCGAACCCGGAGCUUUCCUUGGCCUGCCAGCCCUCAAAAGACUAGAUUUGUCCAACAACCGCAUCGGCUGUCUCAAUGUGGAGAUCUUCAAGGGCCUCACAAACCUGGUCAGACUGAAUCUCUCUGGGAACAUGUUCACCUCAUUGGCUCAGGGGACUUUUGACAGCUUGGUGUCUCUGAAGACGUUGGAAUUCCAGACGCCCUACCUGCUGUGCGACUGCAACCUGCUAUGGCUGCUGCGUCUGAUCAAAGACAGGAGCAUCGUGGUGAAGGACACCAAGUGCUCAUACCCGCGCUCCCUCCAGGGCCAGCUCAUUACCUCUGUCAAACCCGAGCUCCUCACCUGUGAUGCGCCCCUGGAGCUGCCCUCCUUCCAGUUGACUCCGUCCCAGCGUCAGGUGGUCUUCCAGGGAGACAGCCUGCCGUUCCAAUGUCAGGCCUCCUUUGUGGCCGAGGACAUGCAGGUGCUGUGGUACCAAGACGGCCGCAUGGUGGAGCCAGACGCCGCCGCAGGCAUCUUCAUCGAGAAAAGCAUGGUGCAGAAUUGCUCUCUCAUUGCUAGUGCACUGACCAUUUUCAACAUCCAGCCGGGCUCUACGGGGAACUGGGAGUGUCGGGUCCGGACCAGCAGGGGCAACACUACCAGAACUGUCCACAUCGUGGUUCUGGAAAGCUCUGCUGAAUACUGUGCCCCUGAACGGGUCUCAAACAACAAGGGCGAGUUCAGAUGGCCUCGCACCCUGGCAGGGAUUACCGCAAACCUGCCCUGUAACAGACUGUCAUCAGCCGCAGGUAUUUACUCGGGCAGCUCCGGUGAGGAGCAACGGGCCUGGCGGCGCUGUGAUCGCGGGGGGAUGUGGGCAGAGGAAGAUUACUCCCGCUGUCAGUACCAGAAAGAUGUCACCAGAUUCCUCUAUGUCAUCAACCAGAUGCCUCUAAAUGUGACCAACGUGGUGACCAGGGCCCGCCGACUGCUCGUCUGCACCGUAGACGCCGCCAACUUCUCUGACAAGAUGGACAUCAUCUUCGUGGCCGAAAUGAUCGAGAAGUUUGGCAAGUUUGCUGAGAAAUUCAAAGAUCUUGGUGAGGUCAUGGUCAGCAUGGCGAGUAACCUGAUGCUGGCUGAUGAGCGGGUGCUGUGGAUGGCCCAGCGUGAAGCCAAGGCCUGCUCUCGCAUCGUCGCCUGUCUGCAGAAGAUCGCCACCCACCGUCUGGUCACAGCACAGGCCUUCUCUCUGACUUCUGCCAACAUAGCUCUGGAGGCCCACGCCGUCAGGGCCGGCGACUGGAAUGGCAUGACCUGCAUGUUGUUUCAGCGGCCCAGCCUGGAGCGCACACCCGGCCAGGACCGCCAGCUCACCUUCAAAUGCAACACAACCAGCACCUUCUCCAGCAUCCUGCACAAAAGUAGUGUGGUUGAGGCAUCUCUGCAGCUUCCCCAGCCUCUCUUCUCCCAGUCGGCACUCCCGGGGCAGACAGAUGACACGGUCUACAAGCUCCACCUACUGGCAUUCCGCAAUGGCAAAUUCUUCCCUUCUACUGGGAACUCCUCCCAUCUGGCUGAUGGAGGGAAGAGGAGAAGUGUGGCCACCCCUGUUAUCAUGGCCAAAAUUGACGGCCUGUCCCUGUAUGGCUUGCGAAGCCCUGUUAAUGUCACCCUGCGGCGGUUUGCCCGUGGCUCAGACGCGACGCCUGCCUGCUGGAACUUCAGCCUGGUGGGAGGCCAGGGAGGCUGGCAGAGCGACGGCUGCCGGAUCCUAGCACACCAUGACAACUUCACCACCAUAUCGUGCGACUCGCUUGGAAACUACGGCCUGCUCAUGGAUCUUAGCAGUGUUGAGUAUUUCUCUCCCAGCAUCCAGCCCCUCCACCCUGUCAUCUACGCCACCGCCAUUGUUCUUCUUCUGUGCCUGCUUACCAUCAUCAUCAGCUAUAUCUACCACCACAGGUCUGUCCGUGUUAGCCGCAAGUGUUGGCACAUGUUGGUCAACCUCUGCCUCCACAUUUUACUCACCUGUGGUGUCUUUGUGGGUGGCAUCAAUCAGACACGCUACACCAGCGUAUGUCAGGCAGUGGGCAUCUUGCUGCACUACUCCACCCUAGCUACAGCGUUGUGGGUGGGUGUGACCGCACGAAACAUCUAUAAACAGGUGACUCGCAAGGCCAAGCGCUAUGAAGAGCUCGACGAGCCCCCACCACCACCCAGACCUAUGCUCAGGUUCUAUUUAAUUGGCGGAGGGAUACCCAUCAUUGUCUGUGGCAUCACUGCAGCAGCCAACAUCAAGAACUACGGCAGCCGGACGAAUGCACCAUAUUGCUGGAUGGCAUGGGAGCCGAGCAUUGGGGCUUUCUAUGGUCCAGUGGGCUUCAUCAUCUUCGUGGACUGCAUGUACUUCCUCAGCAUCCUGCUACAGUUGCACCGUCACCCGGAGCGUCGCUAUGAACUCAAGGAACCAACUGAGGAGCAGCAGCAUUUGCCGUCAACCAGCGGCGAUAUGGGUGCAGACAGUCCAGCCUCCCACCUCCACCCCCUCACCCUCCAGCUGCAGCCCCAUGAGGCCUCUUCUUCCACUGCAUCAGCCCCCCAUGCUUUGUCCCUGUCAGCACUGGAGAACGAGCACACCUUCGCCGCCCAACUGAUGGGCGCAGCGGGGGCACUAGGACUCUAUGCGGCCCUCUGGGUGUUCGGUGCCAUGGCUGUGUCCCAGGACCACCCCAUUGACUUGGCCUUCAUCUGCCUGUUUGGCGUGGCUGCACUGGCUCUUGGGGCAUUCAUGGUGGCACAUCAUUGUGUCAACAGGCAGGAUAUGAGACGCUAUUGGUACCAGGCUUGUUGCUCUGGGAGACGAGCCUACUCUGCACAAGAAGAUGUCUUAUUGCCCCCCCCUGGGAUAGCAACAGCAUCAUCUGCAGGAUCAGUAGGCAGGGUAAAUGGGGAGGCAUCCAAGUGUGGCCACAGCAGUGCUGAGUCUUCCUGCACCAAUAAGAGUGUCCCCAGCAUGCGCAACUCCGGCCAGGGGAGCAAGCUGACCAAUCUGCAUGCAGAAGCUGCACAAUGUAAGUCUGUCACCCUCCCAGUGCAAGCCAACGGGGCAGCCCUUUUGGACAACAGCUUGACCGAACAUUCAGUUGACAACGAAAUCAAAAUGCACGUCUCCCCCACUGAGGUUCAGUUCCGACCCGUGAACAAAAAUAACAAUCCCACGCCCUCCACCAAUGGACACGUGGGCCGGCAUCACAAAAACCGGGCGCGAGCUCACCGGGCUAGCAGACUGACCGUGUUACGAGAGUAUGCUUAUGAUGUCCCCACCAGUGUGGACGGCAGUGUGCAGAGUGCGCCACACAGACGGCACCAUCAUCACGAUUUAGCAACACGCAACAGUAGGCGGGCAGCUUACAUGGCGUACAGGGAGCGCCAUCAGAGUCAGCUGCAGCAGGAUAGUAGCGACAGCGCCACCCUGCCCCGGCGAAGCCGCUACACAGAUAAGGGAGGGGGUAGCGCCAUGGUUAACGGUGCAUUGGGUGGAGGAACACAAGCAGGAGAGGUGGUGCUGGUGACUGUGGAGACUGAGUGUGUGGCCCCUGCUGCAGCAUCAACCUCAGCAAAAGGUGUUGAUGUGACAAAGCAGCCCAGUAACACAGAACUAGAAAGCCAGCCAAAGUCAUAUGGCCUCAACUUAAUCACUCAAAACGGCACACUCAAAGACAACGCACUGCCCAUGCCUCUAAUUAACACGGACAAUACAGCCAGUAUUAAGACUGGCUUAUGGAAACACGAAACUACCGUGUAGCGACAGUUUCCAUGCCAAAGACUGCAUAGUGAUAUUGCUCUCUCCUCUUCAACUGUGAAUUUUUUUUUUUUUUGUGGAUUGUAAAUUUCUCUUGGAAAGAGAGUUCUUCGAAAAUAAUUAUUGGAUAAAUCGGUGACAUUGUUUUGAGUGUGUCACUCAACUGUCUGUGUAGAUACACUUUUGUAAAUGGUCUAUUUUUAUAUCAUUUAAUCCCGACUCCGUGACGCCGUUUGAAAGUUUUAUACAUGAAACUGCAUGGUCUGUGCUGUGGUCUAGUGCAUAUCCUCAGUGGAUUUUUUUUUCAUUCUCUAGAUUGGUCCAACAUAAUAAACCAAAAGUUUCA